UUGUAUACGCAUUGAAUUCUUUCUGACCACAGAGAGUAAACUUGCCAUUUUAAAACCGACAACAUUUUUAAAGAGCAAUACAAAUUCCGAAAAUUCUACUAUUUUAAUAAAAAUUGAGCAUAUUAAGGGUCGACGUAAAAACGCUGCAAGCUGGGCACAUAAUGUUUCAACGGAUAUGUAUACUAAGUAUAUAUUAAGACUAUUGGCAAUCAAUUCAUGACUUCUAGCCCCCGUAUUGAGAAAGAGAACAUCGUCAGGACAAAAACGACAGAGCAGUGAAAAUGAAUUCUCUCUUAAGUGAACUCGAAAGCCAUCUGUUAAAAAAUGCCAGCCGUAAGAAUGCUUUGUUUUCAGAAAGCUUGUAAAGUGAACAAAAGACCUAUACUGGAUAUGACGUUAUGUUAAAUUUUUGUAUAACAGAACUUGCUUUUUUGGUAAUUGGUACUAUAUUUGCCAAAAUUGGUGCUUAAAAAAACAUAGAAUUAUAGAUACAAAUUCGCCAAUGGAACAAAUAUAGAAGAAAAUUUCUGAACAAAAUUGCUACAUUUAGCGGAAAAUGCAGAAUAUUAUUUAUACUGUAUCAGCAAUUAAAAUACUUAUUUACUUAAUUGCAGGUGUCAUAAUAUUGUCCUGAAGAUUUAUUAUCCUUCAGUAAAAUAUAAUGCAUGCUUUGUUCAUGUUUACAGUUCUUGCCAAUGAUUUUAUCCACUAUGAUCCAAUAACACCCGUAUACGACAUUGAUGGUAAACGUAAUGUCCGAAUACUAUGCCGGCCACCAAUGAGUGUCCCUCCAGCAAAAGUGCUCUGGUCAAAUUCAUCUGACAGCUUUUUAGAAGGAAACAGAUUUAUUCGUGAUGAUAACGUUAUGCUGGAUGGUGUCAAAUAUUUCGCACUGACAAUUACGAGAGCAACAGAUUUUAUUGGUGACGAAAUUGGAUGUGCAGCAUAUAAUGAGGCUUUUGGUUUCAAUGAUCAUCACAAAUUAGCACUGACCACGCUAACAUUGUUUGGAAAGCCAACAUGGACAAAACCAAUAGAGUACAAAUGGAAUCCUGGACCAAUUCUUUCUUUGAGUUGGAUAAAGGAACGAGCUGACAUUGUAUCAUUUAUUGCUACUAUCAAACACAAUACAUCUCCUUUUGGUAUUGUUAAAGUGAUUCCAACAUCAAAUACGUCUAUUGAGAUAUCGAGUCUAGAAGAUAAACCAUAUCGCGUUGAAGUUAUUGCUGUUGAUGGUUCCGGAAGGAGAAGUGAUCCUGCUUUGUUGGACGUUAAUGGUAAGCAUAUGUUUUUUGUUUGUUUAUUUAAUGUGUAUUUACUACGACUGUUGUCCCAGCGUAAAUGCAGUUAUUUUCGCACAAUAAAUAUAUACAGACAAGUAAAACAAAAUUCAUCCAAUGAUGAAAUAAUGGAAAAGUUAAGACAUAUUUUAAUUAUUUGAUAAAUAUAAAGCUAAUGAUGUGUUGGUAUGGUUAUUAGCGAUAUACAAAGGCAAGGCAAAGGUCAAAAAGGGGGAAAUGAUGCUACAUAUUAUAUUUACUUUAAAUGCAUUUUUUAUUU